GGCAUGGUUUUCAUGGCUGAAGGCCGGACCAUGAAUAUUUUACCCACGAAUGAAGCGACUUGCCUAUCUUUACCUGCAGUGCAAGAAGCAACCACGAAAAUAGUACCUACGAAAUGUCUCGAUAUUGCUGAACCACGAAUAUUUUGGUAUAUACAAAGUCUCGCGGGCCAUACUCCACAAACUGACUCUAGUCUGAUCCACCCCUUUUGAGGCUGAGCUGUCACCAUUAUGAGGUGAUCAUCAUUGGCACUUGAAGUUGAGAGUUGUUACUAUCACUAAAGCUGUGGCUGCUACUGAUGAUAUUGGUCGUAUGCAAGCCUUGAGUAAGCUAGUGAGGUUACAGAGACAUUGGAAGCAAGUCACUGUCUGAAAUGAGUGACGACCUUGCUAGACAACUCUACUAUGCUAGUAGUGGUGGCCGUGACCAAAAAGUGCUUGACCUGCUACAGAGAGGAGCUCCACCCAACAACAGUGACUACUACACUAGAGAGUAUAAUGGAUACACUCCACUACACUGUGCAUGUGCUUACAACAAUCUCCGCAGUGCAGAACUACUCAUCAAGUUUGGAGCCAUUGUAGCUGCUAAAGCUAACACUGGUUGGACCCCCUUACACUAUGCAUGUUUCUUCAACAGCAAGGCCACUGCUAAGCUGUUACUGGAGCACCACUGUCCCACAGAUAUCAAGACCAGUGGAGGACAGACUGCUGCUGAUCUUGCCAGAGAGAAGUGGUUCCUUGGCUUGACUUACUAUGUGGAAAGGUUCCAGCCUGGACCUAGAGAUCCUCUGUCCUCGUACCCAACACUGGAACAGCUGAGUCAGCUGGAAUGUGACCAAUGGCUUCAACUUGGUGUUCACUUGAGACUGGAAAAUGACCAACUGGAAACCAUAAAGAAGAGCCAACAUCCCACAGCAGCAACUCUCCAGGCAGCCAAAAUCAAGAAUAUUGACAUGCAGUGGAAGGAUAUUGUGGAAGCUCUAGUGAGCAUUGGAGAGUACAAGUUGACAGAGAGUGUGUGCACUCAGCAAGGGGAAGGUGAAAGUGCUCUGUCAGUGAGUGCAUUCUAUGGCUGGCUGGACUGUGUCAAGCGUCUUGUGGAAACUGUGGGCCUCGAUCCAAAAGAUCAUCUCCUGGUAGUCUCUGUCAAAGGGAACCAAAAUCAAAGAGUUGUGGAAUAUCUUUUAGCAGAAUGUCAUUGUGAUCCGAAUGUGACCGACAAAGAAGGCAAGACACCUCUCGAUUUGGCCAACAACCCUAAGAUCAUAAAGCUCCUCUUGAAACACGGAGCCAAGGCUGCCAAUGUCUACAAGGAACACAGCAAGCUCAUCGGAAAGCUCUCCUCCGAGCGACCCCCACACCUUCCUCUGUCUGUGCUCGUCAUUGGUGAUGGUGGCGUGGGGAAGAGCACUCUGUUGAAGUCCAUUUUGAGCUCAAAAGGGUUUUGGUCUCUAUUCCAGAAGGCAAGACCUGUAGAUGACGUCGAUGCAAAGACAGUGGGGAUCAUACCGUAUGAAAUAUACACCAAAGAGUUUGGGAGAAUCAUUUACUUUGAUUUUGCUGGCCAGAAAGAGUUUUACACGAGCCACUGUGCUAUUCUGGAGAAUGCUGUUCAAACCUCACCACCCAUCAUUAUCCUCUGUGCUAAGCUGGUAGAAAGUGAACAGGCGAUUGUUGAUUCCAUGUAUCGUUGGUUGACCCUUGUCCAAAACCAGUGCACCAAUCUGAAAGGCAAAGCACACGUGAUAGUAGUUGGUAGCCAUGCCGACCAGGUGAAGGAAAUGGAAGAAGAUCCACGAGCCAAAGAGGAAAUCUUUGCCCCCAUUAUCAAGCAAUUCCCAAAGUUUGAGUUCACAGAGUUCAUUCCAAUGGAUUGCCGCUUUGCUGAUUCGGAUGACAUGAAAAAAGCAAAAGAGCAAAUCAAGAAAAGCUCCGCUAUUCUCCGCUCUCCAGAAACCAUCAGCCUGAAUGCUCACACCUUUUACAUCUACCUUGCCGAAAGCUUCAAAGAUGAUCUUGCUUUGUCGUUGGGAAAUGUAUAUGAAAGAAUUAAGAGCGAUCUUAACGAGGAUCUGUCAAAACGCACUCAAGAUAUUCUUUCUUUCAUACCCAGCACCAUCCCUCACCUUGUAGAGAUCUGUGACCAGCUGCAUAAAAGAGGUCUCCUCUUGUUUCUUCGCAAUGACAGCUCUCCAGAGAAGUCUUUCUUAGUGAUUGAUCAAGCAACGCUUCUCUCCAGAGUCACUGGGACCGUGUUUGCUCCUGAAAGUUUCCGCCAACACUGCAAGCUAGCUUCAAGCACUGGAGUGGUGCCUUUGUUGAAAUUCAAAAAAGAAUUUGAUGGCUUCGACAUAGAGAUGCUGGUUGCCUACAUGUCACAUUUAGAGCUGUGCUUCGAAAUCUUAGAUGAGCAAGUUUUAGAUUUCAUUUCGAAAGAGAUUGUUUCUUCCACUGACAGAGAUGCUUCUGUUCCUGAGUCUGACACUCGAUACCUCUUCUUUCCUGGGCUCAUUCGAAUCGAAACUCCAGAGCAAGUUUGGAAAGACACUCAAAGCGUCAAGUAUCACUUUGGUUGGAUACUUGAAACCUCUCAAGACACCGAGUUUUUCGAUCCUCGCUGCCUUCAGGUCCUCAUUCUAAGGAUAGUAUUCACAUUCCGCCUUGCCCCUGCUAGCAAAGUAUUGCACCAUGUCCCUACCCUUCAAAAAUUCUGCUCUAUAUGGAAGAAUGGUAUCUACUGGUGCAACGAUGAUGGGAUCACCGCACACUUCGAGCUUGCUGAAAAUGGCCGAUCUCUUGCUCUCAAAAUACGCUCAGACACAGUUCGACCUGAAGGUUUGAUUCAUCGCUCCAGAAUUUUGAGCACAAUCCGUGAGACUGUUGAAUGUUUUGGCCGCAAUGUGAAUGUGAUUGAAUCGGUGAUUGAUCCAGAUGAAGUUGUCAAGCAUCCUCUGAAAAAUCCCUCUGACCUCCCAUUGGUCAACAUCAAAGAUAUUGCAGCAGCUGUCUCCUCCAACAGAGGCACAAUCAAAUCAACACAACAAGUUGCCUUUGCCUUCAAGCAUCUCUUACAGUUUGAUACGUACGCUGGCCUGGAUCAAACCAUCAUACAGUGUAUCCACAGUGACAAAAAUCCCAAGAAAAAUGAGAAAAUCUCCAGAGCUUUCAUUUCAUAUUUUUCCAGCCAAAUUUCUGACCGUGACAGUGAAGAACAGGAUCAAGUAGCUCGAAACAGUCGCAUGUACAAAAAAAUCCUGGGCCCUUCCAUUGUCAAAAUUCAGUCAGUCAGUCCCAGACAGGAGGUGGUCCAGGCCCUGGAGACGUGGAGGAGUGAGACUGAGGGAACUUACAGCUGUCUGAGGGAGGUUCUCAACAAGUACAGCGUCUUCGCUGGGAGAAACCCUCUGGACCUAGCUGGUGUGGCUCAUGAUGAUAUUGAUCCCUCUGUGUUUAGUAUCAGUGGAGAUGAGCUAACGGAUCACCAGAUACCCUCUACCCCUACCUUAGCGUCAGGUGAACUCUCCAUUGAUAUGAAUCAGAAGUCAACGAUUAGAGAACACCAUGAUACUGUCUCUGUUGUAAAGACGCCAUCAUCAGAUGAGGGGUCCCUGUCAUCAGAAAGACUCCAACACUCAGCAGCUCCAGUCCAGAGAGUAGGAGCUACAUCAGCUGGUACUGGGGACAGUCAACUCCAUACUAAAAGAGAGAUCAAAAUAGACACUGCAAUCACUGGACAACUGGAGCACCAAAUGAAGUAUGGAGAUGCUCACAUACAGGAUCCAGGGACCACCAGCCUCCAUCAGUUGAUGGUCAAGCAUGGAGUCACUGACGAGCAAUUGGAUCGAGAGAUUGAACAAGACGAUCUUGCUCCAGUAGCUAUGCACUUCGAUAAUGUGGAGCUCUACCUCAACCCACUGAAGUUGACUGGAAAUGAAAAAGCUGACGUGAAGAGAGACGCUUUUGUUAAAGGCAAUCAAGUGGCAGUAAUCAACUGUUUGUCAAUCUGGAAGGGUCACAAACCCAGUGGAGUAACCUUCAGAGCACUGAUUAGGAUCUUAUUAGAUCUGAGGAAGGAAGAGAUUGCUACCAAGAUCUGUCAAUACUUGGCUGAUGGUAACAGUCAAGUCUAUACUCAAAGAGCUGAUAAAUCUGCUAAUUUAAAACCAGACAUCAUGUAUGAGGGGUCCCUGUCAUCAGAAAGGCUCCAAUACUCAGCAGAUCUGGUCCAGAGAGUAGGAGCUACAAUAUCAUCAUCAACCAGUGAAGUCCAUACUAGAAGAGGACUACCCGCUAAUCGAGUCACACUCCAAGAUCUAGUGAGCAGAUACAGUCUGACUGACAAGCAGCUCAACAGUGAAAUAGGGGACUCCGAUAUUCCCUACCUGGCCGAAUAUUUCGAUGGUGUAAAGAUCUAUGCGAGUGCAAUGGGACUGACUCCUGCACAACAGGCCGAUGUGAAUAGGUUGUACUGUAAUGAAGGAACUCAAGUAGCCAUGACUGAAUGCUUGAUUCUCUGGAAAAGACACGAUCCUUUCGCAGCAACUUACAAAGCUUUGCUGGAGUUGUUACUGGGACUGAGGAAAGACGAGAUAGCUGAUAAUAUCUGUCAGCACUUAUCUCAAUGAGGUGUGAGGGGUGUGGUCACUGGCUCGGACUCAUGAACUAAUUAUAUACACAAGCAAACAAAUGUAUAACUGUACAGGACAGACAUGUAAUCGUUUAGAAGUGUAAAAUAAGAUAAUAAUUUUUGUUCGUACUAUAAUUAUAGAUGCAUGCAUGUACAUGUUUUGUACGGAAACUGCUAUAAUUAUGUUAUGUUUAUUCUAUUUA